GUAGGAUGGCCUAUAUCAAUGAAGGGAAGCCACAUUAUCUUCCAUUUACGCGAUUCCAACUUUACACAGUAAACAUCGUAUUUGGAUAGCAGUCAAAGGGGGACAAUGCAGUUGCGAUCACUUUUAUUGGGUUUAUCAGUAUUACAAAUAUGCAUAUACGGGACAUUAGCAGCACGAGGUCGCAGUGCACAUCGACGAGCUCGGCAAUUGGAGAAAGGAGAAUGCGAAAGAUGCAGUCCAGUCAAAAAAUUAGACCCCCUUGAAGGAAAUACAUAUAUUUCAAAAGCGAACAGAUGCGGAAGUACAGUGACGUUUGCCUGCAAUGGCGAAUACCAGACUGUCUAUCCGUUUAGCUACCUUGAGUGUAGAGAGGGAAAGUGGAUCUCUGAAUGGGGUAUGGAAGACAAAGAAGAGGAAGAAUACCCCGGUAACCCCUGGUGUGCUGGACCAGCUGAUAUCAAUAAUAUACCAGAUGAUUACGAGUAUAAGAGUGACUGUGAGGAGUUUUAUGAGAGAAAGCUGUGCAGUAACGGGGGCUAUUGUAUGGUGGAGGGGGAAUCUAGCUUGGCCAUGUGCGUCUGUAGACCCGGAUGGAAAGGACGAUUCUGCUCUAUACCAUCAGAUAAUCUUUGCCCACGAUACUGUAGCGAGGAUUAUAACCAGGGCAAGUGUGUGUUUGUGGACAAUGGCGGCACCGACUUCCACUUCAAAUGUGAAUGCAACGAGGGCUUCUCAGGGAGCAGGUGUAUGUAUUCAACAGGUCCAGGUGAUUACCUCCCUUUCUAAAAUAAAGAUCGAACUCGAAUCUACAUUUAAAGGAACGCUUGAUUACUAAUCGAGACAAAUAAAUCGACCAACAAUCUAUAGUAUAAACGAUUCCAACAUCGACAAACAGGCAACAGAUACACAACUUUAGUCAAACAAAUAUACAUGGAUAGUAGACAAAUAAGGCAAAGAUGUCUGUAACACAGAUUUGAUAUACUGUAUAUGUAUGUACGAGGCUCGAUCAGAAAGUAAGUAACCAACUGCUCUCAUUUUUUCAUACUUCAUUCAAUCACAUUGAAAUUUUCACAGAUGAUGUAGAAAAUAUUA